AUGCAUCUGAGCAGGCCAAGCGCACCAGCACACUCGCACGCCAUGCCUGCGUCUGCCAACGCCCACCGCGACCCUGCUGAGGGCGGCGACAAGGCGCAACAGCAACACCACCGCCACGCCUCGCACGCCAACGCCUCGUCGUCCUCGUCCGCCCUGCGCGUCCAGAAGCUCGUCCCCGUCUCGGACGACGACGACCGCAAGCCCCUCUUCCCCGUCCCCUCGACCAACGCCCGCACCAGCACCAACGCCAAGGCCAAGACGGCGCGCGCCUCGACCCCCGAGGUCCUCGAGCUCUCGUCCGGUGCCGACUCGGAGCUCGACGCCCAGGUCGCCGCCAUCCAGGCGCAGCAAGACGCCGCCGAGGCCAAGCGCGCCGAGCGCAAGCAGCGCUCCAACGCGGCCCGCGAGCUCAUCGUCGCCGCCGUCCCCGACGCCGACGAGGCGUUCCUCGCCAAGGCGUUCUCGCGCUCCGGGCACGACGCCAACAAGACGGUCGACACCGUCCUCGGGACAAACUACCCGCUGCGCACCGGCGGGUGGAAGUUUGGCAAGCCGCUGCGCCGCGAGCGCGUCGGCGUCGAGUCGGACCAGGACGACGACGACGACGACUCGGAGCUCGAGGUCACCGCUCCCGCCAAGAAGCGCAAGGUCGCGCCCGCCGUCGUCGCCGACAAGAAGAAGCGCCAGAGCGCCGACAAGGGCGCCGACAAGGCCAAGGGCAAGAAGCGCGCGCGCCCGCAGAGCGACGAGAGCGAGGUCGACCAGCUCGCGAGCGACGAGUCGGACGUCGGGCGCAGCGAGGACGACGCCGAGAACGAGGACGCGAUCGUGUACACCAAGGCCGAGGCGAUCGACGAGGAGACCUACUGGCUCGACCCGUCGGCGCACAAGGCGGGCGGCGACUCGUACCGCAAGGCCGCGUUCAAGCAGCUCGUCUACUACGACUACGACCAGGCGACCGAGGCGCAGAUCCGCAAGGUGUUCGAGAAGGUCGGCCAGCUGUACGCCCCGGCGUGGAUGGCCCUGUACCGCAAGAAGCAGCUCGACGACCUCGUCGAGUUGCGUGGACCGGCGCGCGACCCGCUGUACAUCCACUGCCCCGAUGGCAAGGUCAAGAAGCGCGACCCGGGCCCCAAGAGCAAGUUCCUCGAGCGCGAGAUGGCCUGGCUCGAGAAGUACAUCGAGGUCGGCGGGUGCAAGCGCAAGAUGGCGCGCGACGAGCCCGACAUGACGUACGACGCCAAGGGCGCCGCCAAGGUCCAGCUCAAGCCCAAGGCGUCGACCUCGUCGUCUUCGUCGUCGAGCAAUCACCUCCACCAAAAGAAGAAGAAGCGCGCGCCGCGCGCCGACUCGGUCGACUCGGGCGACCAGGACGACGACGACGAGCUCGACGAGCUCCUCGGCUCGGGCUCGGACGACUGCAACUCGGCGGGCUGGGGCCCCGAGGGCGCGGCGGGCACGUUCAACAAGCGCCGCCGCAACGGCGGCGCGUUCGGGCGCAGGUUUGGCGGCGGCGGCGGGGCGGGCGCGAGCGGCGCGUACGGCGUCAAGGAGGAGGAGGUCGAGCCGUUCUCGGGCGCUGGCUUCCGCCUCGGUGACUGA